GGGACACUGUAUUAGAUUCUAUUCCUGUCGUUUUAUCAGUUUUGGCGAGGUGUCUCAUUGCGGUUUUUCUAGCCGAUUUUUUUAAAGUACAACGUAUUGAAAGUCGGCUAUAGUUAUUGCUUUUCGAUUUUUAAUCGGAUUUUAACACAGUGUAGGUCUUUUUCUUUAGAAGGAUGGUUUUCAACUCCUCUUUUGGCGCUCUAUAUUCAUUAGUUCGACAAGUGCUAUCCCCUCUGCUUCUUUCCAAUUACGAAAUCCUUUAAUCAGGAACUCUAUAUUGAAGAUACUUCAGUCUUUCACGGUCUACCAUCCGCCUUGGGCAUUAAUUUUCUUCAUCAUUGGGAAUAUAGAAAACACGUGAAUAGUAAAGAUGAAGCAAAAUUAUAUAUAAUAGGAGAAAGAACGUGUGAGUGCAUUUCACUACCUGUUGAUUCAUCGAUUCUUUUCGAUCUAGAUAGUGCCAUGUAUGUUACGAAAUGCCUUGUUUAUUUUCAUUUGAUUCGAAGAUAGACGGAGUCUAUGUAAGUUGAGUCGUUAAAUGGUAAAUCAAAGAAUUAAUUUACCAUGAUACUCUCUGAGUAGUAUCCUAUGGACCCCAACCACUUUGGUGUAAAACAUGUAUUCGGGUGCCCGCAUACCAAGGACAACAACAUUCUCUUUCUCCUCUCUUCAACGAACGGCAUAAAUGGACUUUGGACUCCAUGGGCGAUCGCGUCCGCGGAGAAGGGUGCAAUUUAUCGUACGAACUGUCCAAAAAUGUACCUGAGAGUGUGAAUGUUUCUUCGGCAUAUUUCGUAAGUCCUAAGGUCGCGAAUUACAAGUGCCAUCAGCCCAAUGAUGGUGAGGGCUGGCAUCCGUACAACCACAGGUGAUACCCCAAAGGAUGUAGAUCCGUGCACCGGAUCUAAAGCUGUCUAUAGUUCCCAAGCGGGAUCGCAUUCCAGAGGCAUAGUGCAUACCGUCUAUAGAAACCCAGCAGACUAUGAGGCAUUGCGAAAGACUCCCCCGCCUCAAGCGGCACAAGCUGCUAAGUUCGUGUGUGGAGUGAAUUGGGGAGAGGAGGUUCCCAGUGCGACCACUGCCCCAAUUUUGAGCUGA